AUGACGGCAAAACACAUACAACCGGCCGUCCAGGUGGAUAUUAUUGUUAUCGGCGCGGGCUUGAGUGGCCUGGCCACCGCAGUGGCAGCUGCAAUAUCGGGACACCGGGUGACGGUGUUCGAGUCCGCCAAAGAACUUCUUGAGAUCGGAGCGGGACUGCAAGUGACGCCGAACUCGACACGGAUCCUCCAGAAAUGGGGCCUACCCGACAGACUCUGGAAAUCUGCAUCAGAGCCGACAGCCUUGGUUGUUCAUAGGUUCUCAGGAAAGGUCUUGGCCAGGGAAGAAAACUUUGACAAGAAGAUCCGCUCGAAGUACCAAGCACCCUUCAUCGACCUGCACCGCGUUGACCUGCAGCUUUCACUCUACCAACGCGCCAAGGAGCUCGGGGUUCAGUUCCAGCUGGGCCAAAAAGUCGAUAAUAUCGACUUCGACAUACCGGAGCUCACAACACAGUCCGGGGUCAAGGCUACAGCAGACCUCAUCGUUGCCGCAGACGGGCUGUGGUCACGUUCGCGUGCAUGCUUUCUGGGAAAGGAGGACCCCCCGCUGGCGACGGGAGACCUGGCGUACCGGGUAGUCCUCCAGAUUGAUGAUGUCACAGACCCUGAAAUAAGAGAAUGGAUAUCUAACCCCCAAGUACACUUCUGGAUUGGACCUGGAGCGCAUGGUGUUGGCUACUCAAUGAGAGCCGAGAAGAUGUACAAUCUCGUGCUGUUAACGCCUGAUGACUUGCCCGAUGGUGUAAGCCGCCAAGCGGGGGAUGUUGAGGAAACGAAAGUUCGAUUCCAAGAAUGGGAUCCUAUUGUGAGAAAGCUGAUCGGUGCCGUCGACAAUAUCGAGAAGUGGAAACUCAUGCACAGAGAGGAGAUGAGUUCUUGGGUAAACGACAAGUCCAAUCUCGUCUUUGUCGGGGAUGCAUGCCACCCAAUGCUACCAUAUCUCGCCCAAGGUGCCAACUCAGCUGUGGAAGACGGUGCUGUACUGGGCCUGUUGCUCGGCCACCUCACAUCCAAGUCACAGCUUCCGAAAGCUCUGAAGAUGUACGAAAAGUUACGAAAAGCCAGAGGUGAAUCUAUUGCAAGAGAAACGUUCAAACAGCGCCACGACUUCCAUCUAUUUGAUGGCCCCGAACAGGAAGCCAGAGACCAGAUCUUUCUGUCUCAGCUGGGAAAAGAGCCCAAGGGAGCGUUCCCCAGUAGAUGGACUUGCCCCGAAGUUCAGCCAUGGCUCUAUGGCUAUGACGCAUACGUGGAGGUGGAAAAGGCCAUGAAGACUGACCCAUUCAGCAAGCCAAGCAUAUAA